CCAACAGAUGACCCUCUUAGCAUUGCCACACUCUGUUGUGGAGACUUUGAACGCACCAGUAAAUAUGUGACGUGUGGGUGGAGCUGCAGGUUCAGAAGUGCUCUUGCAGCUCUCGGUCUUAGCGGGGACCCCACCGACCCACCGCAAGGAGGAAGCGCAUCCCAAAGCUUCUGAUGUUUGCUUCUUUCAAACAACAGAUUCCUAAUUAUGCAUGCAUCUACCUACAGACGCCUGGACAUUGGUUUGCAAUUUCAAUUUUGGAAAUAGCACUCGCAAGGGUCGAAAAACGACCGCUUCGGUAGAAAGAGACCGACGACGCACUGCUCCCGUGAGGAAAACUUGCCCUAAAGUUCUCUUUAUGGCGUUUCAAAAUGACUGAUUUUAACUUAAGGAACGAAAGCAACUAUGGGAUUUAUUUUGCUGAAGAUCUUAAUGGAUCUGUUCCGGACCAAUUAUUUCCAAACGACAGCAUCACGACAUGCCCGAACUUCACUGUGGACUCACAGGUUGUCGGGGUUGGAAUAUUUCUCUCCGUUUUUAUUUCCGUGGCAAUUCUUGGGAACAUUUUGGUUAUCUUGUCUGUUGUCUGCAAUAAACAUUUGCAGACUGUCACAAACUUCUUCAUCGUCAAUUUAGCCAUGGCCGACCUGCUGCUGAGCCUCAUUGUGCUGCCCUUUUCUGCAUCUCUGGAGGUUCUGGGAUGCUGGGUGUUCGGCCGGGUGUUCUGUAACAUCUGGGCAGCGGUGGACGUGCUCUGCUGCACCGCAUCCAUCCUCAGCCUCUGCGUCAUUUCCAUCGACCGGUACAUAGGCGUUAAACACUGCCUGAAGUACCCGACGAUCAUGACGGAGAAGAAGGCGAUCGCUAUUUUAGGGCUGGUGUGGGUUUCGUCCACGGUGAUCUCCGUGGGGCCGCUCCUGGGGUGGAAAGAGCCGCCGCCCGUGGACGACAGGGUCUGCAGCAUCACAGAGGAGCCCGGCUACGCGCUCUUCUCCUCGCUCUUCUCCUUCUACCUCCCACUCACGGUCAUUCUCGUCAUGUACUUUCGGGUGUACGUGGUGGCCCGCAGGACUACAAAGAGCCUGGAGGCGGGCGUCAAGCGAGAGAGGAAUAAGUCCGUGGAAGUGGUCCUCCGGAUACACUGCCGCAGCGUGCUGGAGGACGCGCGCCACUCCAGCUCCAAGAGCCACAAGAACCACCCGUUCCGAAGUUCGCUGUCGGUGCGGCUGAUGAAGUUCUCCCGGGAGAAAAAGGCUGCUAAAACCCUCGCCAUCGUCGUGGGGAUGUUCACCGUGUGCUGGCUGCCGUUUUUCUUCGUUCUUCCUAUGGGUGCCCUUUUUCCAGCCUUGAAGCCAUCAGAAACUUUGUUCAAGGUAGUCUUCUGGCUGGGCUACUUCAACAGCUGCAUCAACCCCAUGAUCUACCCCUGCUCCAGCAAAGAGUUCCAGCGCGCCUUCACCCGACUGCUCAGGUGCCAGUGUCGGCAGAGACGGAAGGUCCUGCAUCGCUUCUAUGACCACAGGUGGCGGGCGGCCGUCAGGGGAAAGACGAGGGAUCAGAGGGGAGACUGUAAGCCUGGCUAUCUAGCGCACAGAACCUGUGGAAACUCUUCGCUACACAAGGAAAAAGCGCCCUCGGUGGGUUUCAAGAGGUGGAGUCUGUUUCCUCCCCUGCAAAAAUCUUCUUUUCAGCUGAAAGAGAAAGUGAACAAUCUGUCCAAUAAAAUCAAGGGGGGGGCAGGAAAAGGAGCCAAACCUGCAGUGGGUCGGAUGGAUAUAGUAGACACAGUCUCUUUGGGGAUUUACAACUCUUGUGAGCAGAGUAGUUAUCAGUUCUAUGAUCUGGCAGACUGCUAUGGUCUUAAAGAGACUGACAUUUAGGAGGCAACCAGAGAAUAGUUCAUUCAUUUAAAGAGAGCCAUAUUGGAAUGACAUAGGGAAUCCUUUUAUGUUCGAUUCAGUUCAUUUUAUUUUGUAUAGCCCAAAAUCGCAAAUUAAAAAUUUGCUUCAGAGGGCUUUACAGUCUGUACACAUGUGCCAUGAUCUGUCCCGAAGCCCUUAAACAGGCAAAAAAAAAACUCCCCAAAAAAACUUCCAUGGGGAAAAAAGGGAAGAAACCUUUGGGAGACUACAAUGGAUGUGUACAGAAGGAACAAUGGAAAAAAUGUCCAAUACAUUCAGUUUCUAUAACAGAGAUGAUUUCCAUAAUUGCGAGUAGCAAACCAGGUGUACAUCAGAGCAACAAAACAUCUGUAAAUUCUGUAAAUCCAAGCUUGAUUAAAGCUGCAGACUGAACAAACAUUGGCUUGAUCCCACCUCACACAGGACUGAAAAUGCAUCCAUCAGUGACAUCAUGUUUAUAGAGAUUGAAAUUCGAAAACGGGGUAGCCAACUUCUUAGAACUACUGUAAUUGCUCUCACUUGGAAGCAUUGUGCGUCAUCACUACACAACCUUGUUGACAUGCGUGUGAUCUUUAGCAUUAUCCUUAUUAUUACCUCAUUUUUAAAUAUAUGACAUUUAUAUUUCUAAUGUUUUUGGACAGGAAAUAACAUCUGUAACAACUAUAAGGAUUGAAGCAAGAGUUAGUAACACAUUUGUUCACUUGUGUGGAUUUAAUCCAAUGUGUAAAAUGUAACGAUAAUAUUUCAUCCACUUUUGGGAUUUUGACAAGGCAUUGUGAAGGUAAGAGUCCACCUGUGAAGUAGGAUGCUGCACAGUAUUUAUUCUGUUUAUUAACUGAUUAAUAAAUUCAGUUUGCAAUG